GUUGAUCUAAGUCGGAUAAAAAAAUUGUCCACUAUAUUAAAACCCUAAUUUCUUCCCAUUUCAAUCCUCUCUCACAUUUUUUUUCAGUUGCCGCCGGAUUCAUCUGCUAGGGUUUAUCUCCCUUACUCUGAUAAGAUGUUUACUGCUCUGAGGAAAAUACAAAAAGAGAAGGGUGUUGGCCCAACUGACUUUGAGGAGACUGUUGCCCAGGCAUUUUUUGACCUGGAAAACACCAACAAAGAUCUUCAAAGUGAGUUGAAGGAUCUGUUCAUCACCUCUGCUGUACAAGUUGACAUCUCCAGCAACCGCAAAGCUGUCAUCAUUCAUGUUCCAUACAGGCUGAGAAAAUCUUUCCGUAAAAUUCACAUCCGGUUGGUGAGGGAACUAGAGAAGAAGUUCAGUGGCAAGGAUGUUGUUGUCAUUGCCUCUAGAAGGAUCGUGAGACCACCCAAGAAGGGUUCUGCGGUCAAGAGGCCCAGAUCCCGUACUCUCACCUCUGUGCACGAGAACAUUCUCGAAGACCUUGUCCAACCUGCCGAGAUUGUUGGUAAACGCUGCCGAUACCGCCUUGAUGGCAGUAAGAUAAUGAAGGUUUUCUUGGACCCAAAAACCAAGAACGACACUGAGUACAAGCUCGAGACAUUUUCUGGUGUCUACAGAAAGCUUUGUGGGAAAGAUGUAGUGUUUGAAUACCCUAUGACAGAGUCGGCUUAAGUUAGCAUAUGGGAUGUCACCAGAAUUUUGGGUUUCCCUAUUCAGAAAUCUUGUUUAUUUUCCGACUUAGUACCCUAUCAUUAAGUUUUGCUCUGGAAUUGUUAAGUAGGAUAAAGAAAGUACAUUGAUGAGGAUUUCUUUUGUUGCCUAAGAUUUCAUGUUUCAUGUUUUGGAUGGUGCUUGUGGAACCUUUGGCCCGUUUUUACGAGUAAAAGUCUUCUAAUAUUUACUUGAUUA